AUGAGUGGUUGUAAACUAGUGGCGACACUGAUUGAGUCGAAAGGCAAGUACAAAAAGGUGACAAAAGAAAACAUAAUUGACAAAGGGAUGUAUCAACGUUUAGUAGGAAAAAUGAUGUAUUUAUCUCAAACAAGACUUGACAUUGUGUUUUUUGUGAGCUUAGUCAGUCAAUAUAUGCAUAAUCUUUUAGAACAACACUUGGAAGCUAUGUACAGAAUCCUGCACUAUUUGAAGAAAACACCAGGGACUAGAUUAUUGUUCAAGAAGAAUGAAGAAAGAGGUGUUGAGACCUUCACAAAUGCGGAAUGGGUAGGCUCAAUUGAGGAUAGAAGGUCAACUACUGGGUAUUGUACUAAGGUUUGGGGGAACCUAGUGACUUGGAGAAGUAAGAAGCAACCAGCAGUAGCUCGAAAUAGUGUCGAAGCAGAACUUAGAGCUCUCGCUCAGUGA